AUGCUCAGACGGUUGCUUCUUCACGGUCAAUACCUGAUCACACAAUUCUCGUUCGAGGUGCCACUUGACUACAAGGCCCCAGAUGGACCCAAGCUUAUGCUGUAUGGCUCCAGCGUCACCAAGAAUGACCGCCCCAUUGUUUCGCAGACCUACCACCCGCAACAGCGGCCGUGGAUGGUCUACAACGAGGGCGGGCCAGGCUACGGCAACUCGGAGCCCGAGUCCAUGCCCCUCACCAAGGCCGCGCUAAGCCGUGGCUAUCAGGUCCUGUAUCUGGACUAUCGCGGAACGGGCCUCAGCACCCCGGUCACGGCGCGGCUUCUGGAGAGCAAAGGUGAUGCGCAAAGGCAGGCCGACUAUCUGAAGCUGUUCCGCCAGGACAACAUUGUGCGGGAUCUCGAGGCGGUCAGGAAGGUCGUCACGGCCGACUACCCCGAGGAGCUGCGCCAAUGGACCAUCUUUGGUCAUUCGUUUGGCGGCUUCGUCUCCCUGACGUACUUGAGCUGGUUCCCCGAGUCGCUGCGCGAGGUCUUUAUCAGCGGCGGCCUGGCGCCCAUCGGACGGACUGCAGAUGAGGUCUACGAGGCCACGUACCGCAAGGUCGCCGAGCGCAACACGGCAUACUUUAACAAGUUCCCUGAAGACAGGCAGCUGCUGGCCGAGAUCGCGGCCUUUCUCGCCAGCAACCCCGGCGCCUCGGUCCAGCUGCCUGCAGGCGGCGCCCUCACGUUCCCGCGGCUGCUGACGAUGGGUCUGAACUUUGGUUCCCACGGCGGCUUGGACGCGGUGCACUCGCUCCUGGUCCGCAUCACGUCGGACCUGGGCCAGGUCGGGUACAUAUCGUACCCGACGCUCGCCAUAAUCGAAAAGGCGCUCCCAUUCGACGUGGCGCCCAUCUACGCCAUCCUGCACGAGGCCAUCUACUGCGACGGCACCGCGUCCAACUGGGCCGCGCAGCGACUGGGCGAGGCCGCGGAAGGGUUCGCGUGGCUGGCCGGCGCCAGCGACCCCGUCGCCUUUACGCAGCAGGUGGCCAGCGGCAGCGGCAAGUCGGCGGACCAGCAGCCCCUCUUCCGCUUCUCGGGCGAGAUGAUCUACAAGAUGCACUUUGAGACGCACCCGGAGCUGAGGCGCAUGCGCGAGGCGGCCGACAUACUGGCGCGGUUCGACGGUUGGGACAAGCUGUACGACGAGGCGCAGCUGGCGAGGAACGAGGUGCCCGUCUACGCCACGAGCUACGUCGACGACAUGUACGUCGACGCCGGGUUCGCCAGGGAGACGGCCGCCAAGGUCAAGGGCACCAAGGUGUUUGAGACGAACGUGCUGUACCACAAUGCCAUCAGAGCGCGGUCCGAAGAGGUGUUUGCACAGCUGUGGAGGUUGCGGGACGACCCUAUUGAUUAG